AUGAUUUCUCUUCACAUUGAGAAAGGCCCUUGACUAUCUACGUUCUCAAUCGCGCAGUACGGCAGAUCUGACGCCCACGCAAUGUUACCUUCAGAGUGGGGCCCGUGCCUUGUCGGGUUUGAAGUUUAUAUGUCGCUUGCGCAUGGGAAAGCUGCACGGGCAUUGGGCAGAAUGGAAGGGUAACAUGCUUGACUGGACGCGUCGAGUUUAUUUACAUUUGACGCGACUCGACUCUUCUCGCCUCUGUUUACUGUUCUCUACUACUCUCUUCUCCACAUGGCCCCAGUCAUGUUCGACAUAUACGGCAGGACGGUCUGUGAGCAAGGCCCCGAGAAGGAGGAGCAGCUGAGCCCAGCAUGGGAUUCCUGGAAGAAGGCGCUCCAGCAAGACCUGGAGUCUGUUCAGGCACUUGGUGACGUCGCCUGCCAGACAAUUCACACCAAUUUCGUCAAUCCAGGGGUUGAAGUUGACGGAACCCUUGUCUCCUUGCCUCUGAGUCCGUUACUGGCUGAUCAAAUCAAAGCCGCCGCGGAAACAGCUUCCUGUGGCAAAAAUGAAGCUGAAGUGGUGGAAUCAUCCUCUGGCCUCGUCUGGGAGCUCAACAGCGACUGCUUCCGGACUGUCAAUCCUUCAUGGCCAGCAUUCUUGGGGUCCAUCAUGCAGGAUAUGGCUCAUCGCCUUGGCUUAGCCCCGUCCGAUGUCGAUAUUGCAUCAGACAAGCUUGUCCUUUACGAGAAGGGCUCUUUGGUGAGGAGCCAUCAAGUCUCGAAGUCAAGCCCAGAAGUUACGGGAUAUCUCAUUGUAUGCCUGCCUUCGGGGCACACGGGAGGCCAGAUCCGCUUAGAGCACGCCGGAAGGCGUUGGGUGUUCCACACAGCGCCUGCGUCGACAUUCGAUCUUUCAGCUGUCGCUUGGCACUCUGAUGUUACAAGCGAAAUCAUGGAAACCUCAUCAGGGUAUCGCCUAGAGCUCGUCUACACCAUGGUACCAAGAUUAGGCACUCAUACGUCGGCCGACUUAUUGGUCAAACAGCAAGCACGCCUCAGAGAGAGGCUUGUCAGCUGGCCAAAAGACCUCUCGAAAAUCGUGUAUUUCCUGGACCGCGGGUACUCACAGUCGAACUUGUCCUCUUUCAAAUUGGAAGCGCACGAUCGGAUGGUCUUCGAAGCUCUGUCAGCUGAGUGCACCGAAGCUGGCAUUUCCCUCUUUCUCAGCAACGUUACGAAGAAAGAGUAUGACCCAGACGACCCCAAUCAUAUCAAUUGUGAUAAUAAUGAAGAAGUGGGAGUCUACCUGGACGAUCUAUGCAGUAUCCGGGGCCAGACAAUCGUCUCGCAUAUCAAUUUGUCGCCAGAACAUCUCAUUCCAGCCGAUCCUUAUAGCAACCGGUCAGCUGAUGAGGUAGAGGGUGGCGACGAAGGGACAGAAGAGUUAGACGAGGAGUGGCACGUUCCAGGCAUGCUCAUAUAUCAUGACUCGGCAAUCGUUCUCAUCCCAAGGAACAAGCUACAUCAUCUAGUCGGGCUUGCAACCGAUAUAGAAGUCGUCAUGGCUCUUGUCAUCGAUGAUCAAAAAAAGCAUCCAAACGACAUCACCGUCCGAGCGGACAUGCUAGAGCUGAUGAGCAAAAUUCUAGACGACAGCAAAUACAAGCUCGCUGGACUCGCAGUCGCUGAAGGUGCAUGGAAUCUCGGGGACAAGUCACUAUACCGCAGGGCUAUUCAUUACUGCACCGCAAACGGCCGGAUGCCGACUGGACUUCCCCAGCUGCUGGCCACACUUGUGGCCGAAUUGCCAGCCCCACAAGUAGUCGACUGGACUGAACUCCUUGGUGACCUUCUGGAUUGUUUCACAAACAUUCGCAGCAUCUUCGCCUCCCUCAACGAUAUUGAGCAAGCGUUAGAUAAGGAGCAUCUCAAAGACAGCUUCCGGGCUUGGGUAGCAACAAUGAAGCGCGACAAAUUCACUACUGGCCAGUAUUUGGAAAAGGCCGACCCAAAUUCCGUCCAAGAGCUAGCGAACCUGCUUUGGCACGACAAAGACUGGGUUGAGACUCGCUUGAUACCUGAACUGGGAUGCUGCAACAAUAGAGCACUCGUCAGCAAGGCCAUCGAGAGUCUGGCAGUUAAGGGCAGCGACAACACGCUGCCUGGCGCUGCAGAAGUCGCCCAGAAAAUCCUAGAUAAGCAGUUGCAGCUGCUGUCUCUCGGAACUGUAAAUUUGUUGUCAGCCCGUGAUGAAGAAGCUACCAGCGAGGCCCACAGGUUCGUUGACCUUAUCAGGACGUGCAUGAGGUUUGGUUUCAAGCAACAAGCGAUCCAGCUGAUCGGGAGAAUCAAACCGGACAUGGAGAAGCAGCUGCACUAUCCGGAACCGCGACCUAUACUCAGUGGCGCUCGAACGGGCAAUGGCACUCCAUAUGUUCCCAUCCUCGCCCACAGGUUGAUUCGCAUGCUAGGCAAACUGCCUGGUGCGUACGAGGCACCGUUCAUGGAGUCUCUCCGAGAGUUGUUCGAGCACCUCCUUCGAAGAUAUGUUCUCGGGGCUCUGUCACCGAACGGGGGCCGUUCUAGGCUUCUCAAUGAUUUACGCAAGGAGCGAUUUAGGAAAAUACUGGGCGACCCUCUAUAUGGGGAAUUAAUCUUGCAGGGGGCCCCACCAAUGGACUAUGGCUGCGCCGAUCAGGCUGUCGCUGAGAAGAAGCGGAAAGCCGAAGAAGAACUGUGCCCGCGUCCCAGGCCUGGAUCGAGCCACUGAAUAGAUUCGGGUGGAUUCUCGUGAUGACACUGUGAGAUCGCAUGACGUCUAGAAGGACGUCCAGGGCAGGGCGAAUGAAGCGCCUCUGUCACAACAGAUCUAAUUGUCACAGUUCAAAAAGGUGUCGAUUGUUUUACUCUAGAUUCGCCGCGAUGCUUGCAAUUUUGCUUUCUUUGUCUAAGCGCUCGACGCCUGGAAUCUUUAUUGACACUUUUUUCGUUGCUACAAGUCUGCUCCUGUCUGUCAUGGUUUGGACCGAUCGACACUGUCUUUCCACUACUGUCUCAAGAUCAG